CAAAUAUCUGUGGCAGCUGCCCACUUCCCCAGGACCGAGAUCGUCGUCGGAAACUUUGCUUGAACCAUCCCACCCGAAACUGCCAUGGCGAGCGACUCGACGACCAUGGAUGACGGAGUCGGCAUGCGACUGGCGCUCGAGGGCAAGAAGACGCUGACCAUUGGCACUGACAACCUGGAACUGCAUGAUCCUGUUGCACAGAAAUCUGGCCGAACUUCAUGCGCACCUCUUUCUUUUGGUGGGUCCGGAAAGAAGUUAAUUCCCCUCUACAACGUCCUUUGGGCCGAUGUCUCCAACAAUCGCAUCACAGUCGACUUUGCACUGCAUGCCUCCAAAACCGUCAUCAAGCCGGACAAGUGGUCUAUCCCCCUGGCCCCCAUAGACAGCGAGUCCCCCAACGAUCCCUCUGCUGAGACUUUCAUCUCUACUCUUCUGGCUAGAGCAUAUGGAGAAGCGAUCCCUCGCAAGCGUGCCUAUGUAUUGGUGAACCCCAACUCUGGUCCAGGGGGUGCUGUGCGGCUGUGGGAAAACGAGGUGAAGCCGCUCUUUCAAGCGGCUAGGAUGGAACUCGAUGUGGUGAUGCUUACUCGCGGAGGCGAAGCUACCGAGCUGGCAGAGAAGGCCGACCUGACCAAGUACGACACUAUCAUGGCGUGCUCAGGAGACGGAACCCCGUACGAAAUCUUCAACGGAUUAGGCAAACGCCCUGACGCUGGCCAUGCUCUUGCCUCCAUGGCAGUCAGUCACAUUCCUUGCGGCUCUGGAAACGCCUUCUCGUGCAACUUGUAUGGUUCCCAUCGCGCCUCCUUUGCGGCGCUGGCCAUCAUCAAAAGCAUCGUGACCCCAAUCGAUCUCGUUUCGGUCACACAGGGAAACAACCGUAUGCUCUCGUUCCUCUCCCAGACCCUCGGACUGAUUGCUGAGAGCGAUCUUGGCACGGAACACCUUCGGUGGAUGGGGAGCACCCGGUUUGAGUACGGAGUUAUAACACGCAUGUUCAAGAAAACAUGUUAUCCCUGUGACUUGGCCGUCAAGGUCGAGAUUGAGGAAAAGUCAGAAGUCAAGGCUCACUACAAACACCAUGCCAGUAACACGAGUCUCGCGAAUCUGGCCAAGAAAGUCGAGACUACCGAGUCUGGUUUGCCGGAACUAAAGUACGGAACAGUCCAAGACCCUCUACCAGAGGGAUGGAAGCUUGUUCCGUAUGAUAAGAUUGGUACCUUUUAUGCUGGCAAUAUGGCUUACAUGUCCCCCGAUGCCAACUUCUUCUCCGCCUCGCUCAUCUCGGAUGGCUGCAUGGACCUCGUCACUAUUGAUGGCGACCUGCCGCCACUGACUGCCCUCCAAGUCCUUUUGGAUGUCGAGUCGGGCAAGUUCUUCGACAACCCACAUGUCACUUACAAGAAGAUUAGCGCGUACCGGAUUAUUCCCCGCGACCAGGAUGAUGGCUACAUCAGCGUUGAUGGCGAGAGGAUUCCGUUUGGGCCAAUCCAGGCCGAGAUCCACCAGGGGCUAGGUCGAGUUCUCUCCAAGACUGGAAAAUACGAGGCCGAAGGGCCCAUCAACUGGGACAAGGUCACCGUGGCGGAUCGGAUUCAUGCCUGAAGACGGAACGUAUUGGCCUUGAGGUGCUGCACUCAGCAUGGCUCGACAGGAUGGGGGGUUGAAGAUACAACAAAAAGGGGAUGCUGAAGUAUUUGUGGAGGUGGAGAGACGAUGAUACCCCGUGAGAAGAGGAUUAGUGUGCGUAUCUUCGAUAUUAAUGACUGGGCCUGGAACUGGAAUAUACGCUACUUAGGUAGUGAAAGGGUGACUCUUGGGAUUGGAUCUCUGUUAUCCUGACGCUUAUUUUACUGAUGCGUGGAACACUCUGUGAAGGGACUUCCUUGUGAUG